GAAUGAUGAUUGCAGACGUACAAAGUGUACCAACUCGUAAUUCGGUGUGCAUUGGUAUUAAGCAGGCUUUGAAUGAACGGCUCCGGGAACUUUAGUUUUAACUUGUACACAAAAUGACUGAAUGUACGAGUAAUGUACUUGUCAGAUGUUAUUGUAUGUAAUAAGCACAUACGCUUCGAUCAUUUAGGCUAGGCAUAAGCCCUAAUGAAAUUAGAAUUUUUUUAGUACUGUAUUUCUAUUUGCUGUUACUGCUAUUAGUUUUGACUUUAACCUAUUGCCUUCUUACCCCUUUUUAAUUGAACCAUAAGUGAUAGUUUUUGAUAAAACAAUGACAAGUGUACCUUCUUGUUAACUAGAAACAACAAGCACCUUCUAUUACAAUAAUCAUUAACUUGUCAUCGAACACUCAACGUUUAAGGAAUUCCUGCACGACGGAGGUACCGCCACACAGACAGACCACCCAUCCAUUAUUCUGCAAUGCAAUUAGGUUAGUUGAUGUUUUAAGGUACCUGAACCUCAUAACAUUUACUAUAAUUUUGACUUAAAAUUACUAAAUGAUUUCAAACAUCGUGUUCGUGUUGAGCUUUGGUGAAUACUCGCAACUAUAACUCGGUUAAUAACAGCUGGUGGGUUAAAGAGACGUGUGUAGCACUCACGUUUGUGCGAUGGCACAACAAAAAAUAUCAGCAUUCAGUUACCCUGCCCCUUAUAAAUGGAAUACUGAGAUCCCACGCUAACAGUAGCACUUGGAGUACAACGAGCGCAGUCCGAUUUGAGCCAUUGUUAAAAGCUUGAGGUAACUAGACGAUGUUGUUACUUGUACUUUGUCUAAACACAAAAUAACUGUGCAGUCAUCGCAAGAAGUCACUUUUAUAUCGUAAGAAAAAUGACCAGCUUUUAAUUUUUCAGAAUGUUACGGCUCAUCAGUUCCUUGUUGGUGUUCAGUGCUCUCUCUGCAGCAUUCCCGUUCCCCAUCCCAGCGGCUCCUGUGAUCCCCCCGCUGCCAGUGAUUCCGACGAAGUUCCCUUUCGUGCCGGGAGCGACGCCGAUAAUACCGGGAGCGGUUCCAUUCGCCCCAGUCGCCAGGCCUGCACUUCCGGGGCUGAACAAUCCAUACUACAACUAUGCAGGAGGCCCAGCUGUUCCGAUUGUGACGUAUUCGAGUGAGCAUGGUUUAGAUGGGACUUACGCAUUUAGUUUUUCUACUGCUGAUGGGAAGCAGGCUCAGGAAAGUGGCUACCUUAAAGAUGCUUACAUUGACAACAGUGGCAAUCCACAAGGAACUCAGGUAGUUCAGGGCAGUUAUGCUUACGUUGCACCCGAUGGUACACCGAUACAAGUCAGCUACGUAGCCGAUGAAAACGGUAAUUGUUUGGAAGUGUCAAUAAAGAAAAUUUAUCCCCACCCUCAGAUACUACUUGAUCCGAGAUACUGGAUUUGUUUCAGACCAUCAGGCGUGCAUAUCCCAGCCGACGGGCGAGCCACGGCACCCAUCUUCGAUAAGGCUAAACAAAUCUUCGACCCAUCUUACAACCGAUACGACCCUUACUACAACCGCAACAAAAUAAACACAUACGGACAAUACAACAACAGGGCCUAUGAUCCCAGAUAUCCCUACGACCCUGCAAAGUACAAUCCCUAUUACAAUAACUAUAAACCAUACGAAAUUGCUGGACAAAACAUACCGGGGGUGAGUACAAACUGCAUCAUUGCAUUGCUUUUGUAUUACAAGCAAGUGUCUUGGAACUUCACCCGGUGCAACAUGAAGUGUGUUUUCCUUCUGGUAGUUUUGGUGGGCGCAGCGUACGCUGACGUCAGCGGCUUCCAGCCUUUCCAACAGCAGACGCUUUACCAGCAACAGCCGCAGCAGCAAGCGCAGUACACGACGGAGCCCAUCCCCAUUAUAAGGCAGGAACAAAUCCUCAACCCUGACGGCUCUUAUAAAUGGAGUUACGAAACCGGUAACGGCAUUUCGGCAGAGGAGCAGGGGUAUGUGAAGAACCAGGGUGUUCCUGAACAAGAGGCGCAGGUCGCCCAGGGACAGUAUCAAUACACUGCGCCCGACGGACAGGUGAUUCAGCUACAAUACUUAGCUGAUGAAAAUGGAUUCCAGCCUCAGGGAGCUCACAUUCCCACUUCGCCGCCCAUUCCUCGAGAGAUCCAGGCCUCUCUUGACCACCUGGCCACCCUGCGCCCGCCGACCCAAGAAAAUCGAGAAUACAUCAGAACCUAGAGAUAAAAUACAUCGCAUAAAACAAUUGAAUCCAAGGCCUGUAGACAAAAUUGUAUUUUCCGAGUUCUAACGCUGAUGAAUCGAUCAAAUGUAUAGAACAGACAAAUCGAACUCACAUCACUUUUCGAAAAGAAAUGUUUACCCUAUACAUUUGAUGUUUUCAAUGCGUUUUCCAUUUAAUACUAAAUUGUCUAGGCCCAGAUAGAAAAGCAUUCUUGUUAAAAAAAAUAAGGAAAAAAAUACAAAAAAAGAUAUUACAUACAAUACCUAUUAGUUAAGUAAUAAGUUGUUAGGCUAGUUAUAUUUUUAUGACUUUUGCAUAAUAUAUUGUGGUUUCAUGUUAA